ACUUGAUCUAGAGAUUCAACCCCUAGCCACAUAUAGUGUAGAAAGUACUCAGCGAUGGCACCUUUUACCGGCCUACGGGCCGCAUUGACCCAGAUUUACCCCCCAAAGCCCGGCCGGGUGUAUAUCGUGACCGGUGGCAAUGUGGGGAUCGGUCUGGAGCUGGUCAAGAUCCUCUAUGCCGGUGGCGCUACAAUCUACAUAGCCUCUCGUUCCAAAGCCAAAGUCGAGGCCGCCAUUCAAGCCAUCACAAGCCCGUCAUCCAACACCCCAACCACCAGCGGCAAAUUCAAGUUCCUGCAUCUGGACCUCAACGAUCCAAAGACCGUGACAGCCGCGGCCGCUAGCUUCGCGGAGCAGGAGUCCAAGCUGGAUGUGCUGUGGAACAACGCCGGCACGGGCGCCAACACGGUCCCUCUCGGCGAACGCACCGCGCAGGACUUCGAGCUGUUCAUCAGCCGCCACUGCAUCGCGACCCUGCUCUUCACCCACUUGCUUCUCCCGCAACUCCGCGCCGCCGCUGCGGUGGGCUCGCCGCCCAACGGCAUCGACUGGGCGGUCAUCGACCAGGGGACCAACAAGCUAGCGCAGAACUACGGGGUGUCGAAAGCGGGCACCUGGUUCCUCAGCCGGGAGUUCGCGCGGCGGUACAAGAAGGAUGGGAUUGUCAGUGUGUGCUUGAACCCGGGCUACCUGAAGACGGCAUCGUUCAACGGGACCCCGGCCCUCGUCAUGUUCAUCAUCAACCGGCUCAUGCUCUCGGAGUCUAUCUACGGGGCGUAUACGGAGCUGUUUGCGGGGCUGUCGCCUGAGGUCACGCUCGAGAACAGCGGGGCGUAUAUCAUCCCAUGGGGACGCGUUCGACCGGACUCGGCCACGGGGCGGCAGGAUCUGAUCAAGGCGGGUGCCUUAACGGAGGAAGGGGGAUUGGGGUAUGGAGCGAAGCUUUGGGAGUGGUGCGAGAAGCAGUGGGCUCCGUAUGUCUGA